CUGCUUUCGUAUUAAUUAUGACUGCAAAACUCAUACACCAUCUUCAAGGUCAUGAAGAUCGAGCUUGGCACCUUGCGUGGAAUCCGUCCCGAUCCCUUGUCGCCACUUGCUCAUCUGACAAAUCCGUCCGCCUGUAUUCUUAUCGUCGAUCACCCGAUGGUGCAGAAGGAUCACCUUCCUUAGAAUUUCGUACAGCAGAUGUUAUUCCCACCGGCCAUUCCAAAACUGUUAGAAGUAUCGCUUGGUCUCCUUCGGGGGAAAAUCUGGCCACUGCUUCAUUUGACUCUACAGUGGCCAUCUUUUCCCGUAGUGAAAACCGGGACGACGAAACUGCUAGUGGCGAGUGGGAAUGCGUUUCUACGCUUGAAGGGCAUGAGAGCGAAUGUAAGAGUGUCGGGUAUUCAUGUACGGGGACACUUCUCGCUAGUUGCAGCAGGGACAAGAGUGUUUGGAUAUGGGAAGUCCAGCCUGAUGCGGAUUUCGAAUGCAUGAGUGUCCUUAUGGAACACACCCAGGAUGUGAAAUGCCUGGCCUGGCAUCCCAAAGAAGAGAUUCUCGCUUCAGCAUCCUACGAUGACACAAUAAAGUUAUACAUCGAUGAUCCCGAAGAUGAUUGGUACCCUUUCACUACGUUGUCUGGCCAUACCUCUACCGUUUGGUCUCUCUCUUUCUCCCCAUGUGGAAAUUAUUUGGCCUCGUGCUCCGACGACCGAUCCCUCAAAAUCUGGCAUCGAAAGCCUCGAUCCGCUCCAAAAAAUGCCCCUGGAGGGAUCGGAGUUGGUGCCGGAAGCUCAGUGGAGAACUGGAUUUGCGAGCUUACCAUCCCGAAUGCACAUGACCGGCCGAUAUAUUCUGUAUCAUUCACCCAUUCUCGGAGGAAAGGGAUGAUUGAGGCCGAAGUUAAGGAGAUUGGUUGGCUUGCCAGUGCGGGUAGCGAUGAGAAGGUUAACGUUUGGUCCAUAUUGGUGGGUCCGGCAUACUUAGUGAACUUGGGGACAGCUUACUUGACCACAAGUACAGGUAACAACAGCUGCCGAGCCAGGUUCGAUCGGAAUGUCGUAUCAACACAUUACGUCGGCGACAUCAAUGCGGUAGCUUGGUGUCCUCGGGAAGGGUUCCAGGAUUUACUAGGAACCGUGGGUGACGAUGGGUCAUUGAGCAUAUGGUCAAUAGUGGAGAAUGAAACCGGGAUGCCUCUCAAUCCCCUGUCGUCGCGAUAA